GCUUACCCCUCUUUCGUGCGCCAUCAACGUAUUUUGGUUUUGAAUGUUAUUUUGGUUUGGUUUUGUAAAAAUAAACCGAAUAUUGACCGAAAUCAUAUUUCUUUAGAUAAUUCGUGAUGUCGGACGUGGAGGAGAUAAUAGAUUUUAUAAAACAGUUGAAGAAGGGGUUUGAUAAAGACCUGUUUCAGAGUAAAAUUGAACAACUUGCUUAUGUCGCCGAGACUUCGGGGUUGGACGACGAUGACUUCCACACUUUAUUCAAAGUUUGGUUGAAUUUAUCAAUACCCAUUACAAAGUGGGUCAGUCUGGGAAUGUGCCUGGUGCCUCAGUACCGAGUGGAAGAACGCACAGUAGACUAUGCUUUCCGCUGGCUGCUGGCUAAUUGUGAAAUACACUCCAAUUUCUCCAGAAUGGGAUUUUUAUUGGAUUGGCUAACAGCUGCUAUGGACAGCGAUACCAUAGACAUGGCUGCUUUAGAUUCUGGAUAUGAGAUAUUCUACACUAUGCUCUCAUUUGAACUGCUUACUGCUCAUGCACUGAAGCUGGUGUAUACGCUGACAAAACCCAGUGACGUUACCAGGAGAAGGGUGCUGGAACUUCUGGAACAUGCAAAGAAGAGAGAGGGGAAAAAGAACAUGUACCGUCAACUUCAAGUGCUGCUGGGCCUGUUCAAGUCCUACAAGCCGGAGUGUGUCCCGGAAGAUGUGCCCGCCAUCUCCAUACAUACGUCCUUCAGGAAGAUCAACACCAGCUUGCUGGGACGAUUCAAGAAGAGCCAGGAAAGGCGAAACAGCACCACUAAAGAAAGACACCACUUAAUGUGGAUUAAUCCUCUCAAUUCUGAGGGCGGCAGAAACAGGAAGGCGGAGCCUCUAGUGCCAAAUAUGGAGUUCACAAACAUUGGCUCAAAACAAUAUGAUAGGGAGCCACAGAAAACUCAUCUUGACUUCUCUGACCCAAUAUCGCUCCUGCAGCACAGCAUCGAGGCGGGCGUGACUCGGCCGGGCCGCGUGCGCGCGUUGCUAUGCAACCAGGCCGGCCUCACGCUGCUCACGCUGGCCACCGACGCCGAGCAGGCCUUCCUGAGCCACCAGCUGUACCACCUGCUUGUUGAUUGUUUCCUAGGCUCAUCUCCUCACACGUACGCGGAGAAGGCAGACCUGUUGCACCGACUGGGCGCAUUACAGCGCACCCUGCUACAGGGCAUCCCCGUCGUCACGCGCUUCCUCGCACAAUACCUGCCCUUUUGGAAUGAGAAAGACUACACCGCAGAGAUCCUCGGACUAGUGGAGUGGCUGAGCAUGGAGUCGGUGGAGCACGUGUCGUGCGUCGUGGAGCCGCUCAUGCGCAUGUACCUGCGAGCUGCGCCGCUUGAGCAGUGCGCCAUACUAAAAACACUCACAACUAUGUACUGUAAUAUGGUUUACUCGAGCAUCCGCAGCCGUCGGCACUUCCUGAGCGCGCAGCCGCACGCAGCUGCGCCGGCGCGCGCGGCCGCCGCCAUCGCCGACGUGUGUCAUAGAGGACUGCAGGUGUCUCCCGAGGACAUGCGAGUAUUAUACAGUUGUAUGCAAGCAACUGAAGGUUGUUCCCGAGCGGAGGCGCGUUACUCUACUUCUCUGGGCGCCCUCCCACACAUGCUGACCCUGGCCCUGCCGCUAGUGGUGCCAUCUGCGGCCCUGGUCGACAAGAUGGCCGCCAUACUGAUACUGUAUCGCAAGAUUUUCUCAGCGAUGAAGUCUGCGAACAAACACAAAGAGCAGACGUUCAUCCUACAGCGUAAGACAUUAGAAGGAUACACGUUGGAUUUCCUCAACUGUCUGUACCACGAGCAGGCGUUGUCAGACCGGAAAUCCGGCUUAGUCUUUGACAAGUUACACCCGCAGUUGGUUUCAAAACUAUCCGACUUGGUGCCAGAGGCUGACGGUAAAUUCAGCUUGAGAAACAACCUGGCGUUCGCACCGUAUACCUACAUGCCUUUAGAAGCCGUCGACCCAUCAGAUGCCACCAAUAAGUUAUGCUUCGACACAAUGGUAAGUCACACGUUCCCAAAGCUUAGCCAGUUACUUACAAAGGCCGUGCCUGAAUUGCGUUAGUUUUACUAUAAAGCUGGGUUUCUUUAAUUAUGUUUUUAGACUAGGUUGGAUUUUGUAAUGGAAUAAAUUUUGAUUAUGAAAAUCAAGCAAAAAUCAGUAACAUAAGAUAAAGCAUACAGUGGUCACACACGUCUCUAUAGUUGGAAUAGAUUGAUUCUUUGCAUCGUGCACUAUUUUGAGGACUUUAUAUAAGUAUGACAUAGACGUACUUUUAUUUUUAAUAUUAAGACGUGUAUGCGUCAUUAAAUCCUCUAUUCCCGUUGGUCCGCACUGUUUGACCACCACUGAGGAAUAUAGGGGGAAAAUGUAUUGUCCACCAAUAGGGGCCAACGCUACUAGAAUAGUUGCGUUAUCCACCAGAGGGGCUUUCCAGCCAAGUAGUUAAUGCCAUCUGCGGCAAAUCUACAAUGAGUCACGUCAAAAAAAAAAAUACCAGAGGGGCCAACGCACCAAGAACUGUUGCGUUUUCUACCUGUGGGAGCGGUCGCCACUAAAAAAUGUUGUGUUGUCUACUAGUGGCGGCUAACGCCACUAAGAACUGUUGCUUUAUCCACUAGAGGGGUCAAUGCCAUCAAGAACUGUUGCGUUUUCCUCAAGUGGGGGCCGAUGCCAUUAAAAAAUGUUGUGUUAUCCACCAGCGGGGCCAACGCCACUAAUAACUGUUGCGUUUACCACCAGUAGGGGCCGAUGCCACUAUAAAGUGUUGCGUUGUCUACCAGUGGCGGCUAACGCCACUAAGAACUUGCUUUAUCCACUAGAGGGGGCUAAUCACCAAGAAUUGUAAUCGUUGUUAGCGUUUUCCACCAGUGGGGGCCACGGGAAAUAGAGGCAUUAAACAGUACAAAUCGAUAUAGUUGAUAAUAUAAGUGCCUUUAUAUAAAGGUGAUGAUAAUUAUAGUAAUAUUGGUGACAACUUGACGAUAA